GAAUCAACUGACCGAUGUCAGCCGAAGAAGAAGCAGCUCUGUUUACAGAAGUGUGUUCAAAAUCUGCUAGCAUGAGUUCAGACAGUGUGAAUUAAGAGAUGAUUUCUGGUUUAUAUUCUGAUUUAAACUUUGACGAAGCCGCAUGAUGGAGAGGCGGGAGCAGCGAACUCUUCUGUCCGAGCGCGAGUCUCCAUCCGCGGCUGAGAGGUCUGAGGUCAGUGAUCCGCAUCCCACAGCAGAUGAUCGGGUUCGGGAGGUGGAGAAAAGAGGGCCGUACAUCAUGUCCAAAACCCCUGCUCUCCACACCAGACUGCAGAAACACAGAGAUUCAGCCAGACGAGCGCUGCAGAAGAGAGGACUGAGCUCCGGCAGAGCUGUGCUUCAGCAGCCCAGACACAAACCAAAGACAAUAAAGUUCAACAGGGGAUACACAGCACUGAGCCAAACUGGAGAAGAUUCGCUCAUCUCGCUGGAAUCAGACAGUGAUGCAGAGCUGGAUUGUUCAUCUGGAUAUUCUUCAGCAGAGGUUCAUCCAGACCUGAACCGGCAGCUGCUAAAGGACGGAUAUCACCUGGAUGAAAUCCCUGACGAUGAAGAUCUGGACCUGAUCCCCCCUAAAGCCUUGAGCUCCUCUGUGUGCUGCUGCGCUGAGGUUUCAUCCUGCUGUGUGCAGUGACUGAAGCACGAAACACCACAAAAGCUCUUUAUUUCACUGUGCUCUCUUCUCUCUUGCAGUUCAGAAGAAAAGUCUGACAAAGAAGUCUUGCAUUUCACAAUUUUGGCAGAAAGGAAAGCUGUUAACACAGAGUUUCGUGAUUUUUAAAAAGUCACAAGCAAGACUUGCAGGAAAGGAGUCUGAAUUCUGAGUUUCUCACUAUUUGGACUUUUGCUUUGCAGCAGAGAACAUCAGAAACAGCUCAAAGCUCUUCUGUUUCACUGUUCUCACUUCUGUCUUGCAGUUCAGGAAAAUUAGAUGUUGAUUUGGAAUUGCAUGAAAAGACGUCUUGCAUCUCCUAAUUCUGACUUUUAAUGCAAUUCAGACAAAAAAGCACAACUUUUGUCACUCGAGCAAAUUUUUAGGUUUCAUCAUUGUGAGAUAAAAUUGGAAACUCAGAGUUGCAUGAAAAAAAAAUCAGAAUUCUGAGUUUCUCACAAGAUCUACUGCUGUUUAUUUCACUAUUCCCUCUUCUUUCAUGCAGUUCAGGAAGAAAAACAUCACAAGGGGUUAAUUCUGAAUUGCAUGAAAAAUAAGUCUUGCAUCUCGUUAUUCUGACUUUCAAUGUAAUUCAGACAAAAGUCUGAGACAGAGUAGCAGGAUUUAAAACUACUUUUUUCUGACAAAAAAGUAGUUUUGAGAUCAAAUUGUAAACUCAGAUUUGCAGGAAAAAGGCUGAAUUCUGAGUUUCACACGAUUCUGACUUUCUGCAGUGAAUCAGAAAACAGCAGAAAGACCUUGACGCUCUUUGUUUAUUUCACUAUUCUCACUUCUUUCUUGCAGUUCAGAAGAAAGGUCUGAAAUAGAAGUCUUGCAUCUCAUAAUUCUGACUUUAAUAUGGAGUUCAGAAAAACAAAUCUGAAAGGAAAGAUGUUAACACAGAGUUGCAGGAAUUUAAAAGUCAGCAGGAAAAAGAGUCUGAAUUCUGAGUUUCUCCCAAUUUGGACUUUUGCUUUGCAGCAACUGAAGCAGAAAACAUUAGAAACACCUCAAAGCCCAGAUCUGCAGCUCUUUAUUUCACUGUUCUCACUUCUGUCUUGCAGUUCAGGAAGAAAUGGGCGUUCAUUUGGAAUUGCAUGACAAGGCGUCUUGCAUCUCAUAAUUCUGACUUUUAAUGCAAUUCAGACCAAAACAAAACUUUUUUUAGUCAGAAUUGCUAACUUUUGUCACUAGAGAUACAAUCGUAGACUCAGAUCUGCACACAAAAAAGUCUGAAUUCUGAGUUUCUCAAAGGAUCUACUGCUGUUUAUAUCACUAUUCUCACUUGUGUUAUGCAAUUCAGGAAAAUUAUGUCAGAAUUUUAUGAAAAAGAAGUCUUGCAUCUCAUUAUUCCGACUUUCAAUGCAAUUCAGAAGAAAAUAAUCUGAAGCAGUUUUUUUUUUUUGUCAGAAAUGCAACUUUUUAUCACUAAAGCUAUUUUUUAUGGCAGUUCUGAGGUAAUAUAGUGAACUCAGAUUUGCACAUAAAAGGCUGAAUCUGAGUUUGUCACAAUAUUGACUUUGAGUUUGCCGUGACUGAAGCAGAAAACAGCAGAAACACCUCAACUCAUUUUUUAUUUCACUAUUUUACUUUAUACUUGUGUCUUGCAGUUCAGGAAAAUAAUAGUCUGAAUCACAAGGUGUUAAUUUGGAAUUACAAAAAAGAAGUCUCGCAUCUCAUAAUUCUGAUUUUCAAUGCAAUUCAGAAAAAGUCUGAAUCAAAAGAUGAUGCAUGAUUUAAAGUCCUACAUCUCACUGUUUUGACUUUUCUUUUCCAGAAUUACAACUUUUGUCACUAGAACUAUUGUUAGGCUUUAUUGCAAUUCUGAGAUAAGAUAGUAAACUCAGAUUUGCACAUAAAACAUCUGAAGUCUGAGUUUCUCACAAUUUGGACCAAUGAAAAAAGUCUGAAAAAAAAAAAAAAAAUCUGAAUUUUCCAAGAACAAGUCUGAAAUGAAAGAUUCUAAUUCAGAGUUGCAUGAUUUAAAAAUUCACACAUCUCAUUGUUUCGACUUUUUGUUCUCCUGAGUUGUGACUAUUUUGUCACGUUUACUAGUUUUAAGGCUUUAUCACAUUUCUGAGAUAAAACUGCACAUUCAGAUUUGUGGAAAAAAGCCUAAAUUCUGAGCAAUUAUUUUGACUUCUGACCAAAAAACCCUGAAAAACAAACUAUAUUCAGAAAAAAAAAUGUUAUUCAGAGUUUUUUCCCAGAAUUGUGACUAAAGCCUAGAAAAAGGCCUUUUUUGUUAUUAUUUUGACUUCUGACAAAACUGAAAUUUGCUCCAAAAAUAUUUUGAAAUGCAAGAUGUUAACUCCGAAUCGCACCAUUAAAAAGUCUGAAAUCUGACAA